GUGCCUUGUGCCUUUGCGCGUCCCUCCCGCGUUAUUAUGAUGCAGCAGAGCGGUAUCAGGCGUAACCUCACGACUUGUGGAAGUUUUAUUAUUUUUGACGCAUCGCGAAUAUCUGCCGUGUAGAGUCGACUGAUCUGGAGCAGCACGACACGUCUCGCAAUGAAGUUUACAGAGGGUGAACAGGUUCUUGCUAAACAUCCAAAUACUUCUGAAUAUUAUAAAGGAAGGAUUCUCAAUAUUAGGGGUGAUCGAUACAAGAUACAAUUUGAAACAGGCACUGAGCAUAUGGUUAAAGAAAAUGACAUAAAGUAUGAGAGAGUAGGGAGAAGUACAAGCAGGAUCACGAAAAGUUCCUCAAGAUAUUCGCCUAGUAGGAAAUCGCCAAGUAGACGUUCGCCAAGUAGACGUUCGCCAAGUAGACGUUUACCAAGUAGACGUUCGCCAAAUAGACAAUCAGGUAAAUCGCCUGCGAGAUCGCCAACAAUUACAACUAGGAAGUUGCCUAUUCGUAACACGCGUCUCGCUAAGGUCUCUUUAUCGCGCAUAGAUGCUGAAAGUGAUAAAGUAAGCAAUCACAAAGAAGGAAGCAAUGUAAAAGUAUUGGCAGAGAGUUUAAUUGAAACAAUGCCUUUGCAACAUCGCUUGCAGAAGGAAAUAAUACGUAGGCCGACGUUUCUAAAAACUGAGCAAGAAUAUAAGGCAAUUACAUUAAUGAGAAAUAUUGAUAGAGCUGUUUCACUUCCGCUAGAAAAGAAAAGUUACAUACAUGAUUAUCCUUCAGCGGAAAAAGAAAGGGGAUAUUCGAUGCAAAGAGAUCAAGAUUUAAAACCUUUAUCGCAAGAUACUGAAAAAUGGGAAAAAGCAGUGAAACGUGAGAAAGAGAUUAAUAGAGUUGAUGAACCGCAAGAAUGGGGUGGAUGGAUUGGGACAUCUUUUCUUAUAUUUAUCUUACCAAUAUCUAUAAUCUUACCACAAUUCUUGUGCUCGAAAGGACAAUGCAAAUUUGCUCAUGUAGAACUUCCUAUUAAUUUGGAGUCUUACAUAAAUUUACAUGGAUUAUUGUCCUAUGUUGCAUUCUUAAUAUUCUUGGCUUGUAUUUCAAUUAUACCAAUUGGGAGAACUGUAGAUGGACAGCAGAGUAAAAUCGGGAUACUUCAAUAUCGCGUAAAUGGCUUUUUAUGUGCUAUGUUGACCAUAAUAGUACUCGGUUUAUGCAUGUAUAAAAAUAUUUUGGUCAGUGAUUAUAUUUUGGAUAAUAUCGUGCAGUUGUCAGUCAGUGGCUGGCUUAUGGGAACAUUUUUAGCGCUGGGAUUAUAUAUGAAAGCGGGAAAAGCUCCGAUUGCCAAUCUAAAUAUAUAUGCAUCAACUAAAAGCAAGAUAUAUAAUUUUUGGCAGGGUAGAGAAAUUAAUCCGCGAAUUGGUGCUUUGGAUAUUAAACUGUUGUUAAUACGAGCUUCUCUUAUUGGCACGUUGAUUGUGAACAUGGCUGUCAUAAUUAAAGUUGUUGGAGAUGUAAAAAGUCUAAAUAUCGAGCAACUUAAUGUAGCUACAUUGUUGGUUAUCUUAUUGCAACAAUUCUAUAUUGUAGAUGGAUUAAUAUUUGAAGCUACUAUUUUUACAUCCUUUGCUAUAAUGUACGAGGGAACUGGAUAUAUGACAUGCGUCAGUCAUUUGUUAUAUCCAUUCUUGACAACUCUUACGACAAGAUUUAUAUUAUAUCAAAAAAUAAAAUUUAACUAUUUUGCUGGGAUAUUUGUUUUAAGUUUUGUAAUGGGAUAUGCCUUGUACAGGACUAGUAAUUCGCGAAAAAAUGAAUUUAGAAAGAAUCCCGUUUCGCCGACAGUACCUUAUUUAGAAACCAUCCCGACGUCGCGUGGGAAGAAAUUGAUGCUGUCUGGUUUAUGGGGCCAUGUGAGGCAUCCCAAUUAUUUGGGUGAUAUUAUAAUGCAAUGGUCAAUCGCGAUUAUUAGUUUGAUGAGUGACAUAUUACCGUAUUACGCGGCGAUCUGCUGCACACUAACGCUGGCUUACAGAGCUGUAAGGGACAAUAGACGUUGUCAGAUGCGAUACGGAUAUGCAUGGGAGCAAUAUUGUUCUCGCGUGAAAUACAUGAUCUUGAAGCGUAUAUUUUAAAGCAAUAAAGUACAAGUAGCAAAGUACUUUUUAAAUAUCACAAAUUCUAUAUUACAGUUUUAUUUUUAGAGAUAUGCUCCGAAGGUACAUACGAUCAUUAUACAUUAUAAGAUCUCUAAAUGUGCAUUUUUAAAUAUUUUUAUGAGAUAUACAUAGAGUGAUAUAGUAAUAUUAUAACAUACACAAAUGUAGAAUUCGAUAAGAACCAAAAAUAUUUUGAGAUUUGUAAUAUUGAGAGAUUUUUCACAUUAGACAUAAAUAUGUUUACAAAAUGAAUCUCUAUAUAUAUGAUGACGCGCGAUAGAAAAGCGAGUAAAACAACAGUGCACGUUUUUGAUGAAGGGAAAGAAAGUUUAUGUAUUUGUAUUUAGAAAUAAGUAUAAAAGGUAUGAAAUAUUUUAUAAGAAUCUGUGCCUAUAAUUUAGAGCAUUAUAAAUUUACAAUACAAAUUAAUUAAGAAAUUUUAUACUUUUAUACAUAUACUUAAAUAUAUAUGUAAGUGUAUAAUUUUUUGUUCUGAAAUUAUGAUAAGCAACUUUAUUAGACAUAUCGUUUUUUAAUAAAAAAAAUAUAUAUAUGUGUAUAUAUAUAAUCGUCCAUAUUUUCUCGUGUUUGUAUUGUAUUCUAAUGCAGUGAAUUUCAACAAGAAUAUAAUCAUAUUUUUAAAU